UCUAAGAAUGUUCGAUGCCUAAUACUUUUAAGUACACUAAAUUGCACUAGAAACUGCAAAUGGCAUCAAUAAUGGAUUGAUAGUCAGGAAACAGUGAAAGCGCUCGCUGCCUUAAUUCAAGGACGUGACCCGCUUGGGGAAAUUGGAAAGAGAGACACCUGCAUCUCAGUCAAAUCAAAUUCAUAUGUGUGUUAUGUUUUGGCGAUACGUAUGUUUUUCCUUCUUUGUUGUUCUUGUUUAUUUUAUUUCAUUUCAUUUUUGCGACUAGGUUUGAACAUCAAACGAAAGCCGGUCAUUAUGAAAAUUCAUUUAUUUUAAAAUGUUUUCAUUUUAGGCCUUGAAAUGGAAGAAAUAGGUUUUUUUUUCUUAUGGAAAUGUACACGUCUUGGGACAAAAAUUAUUCGAUCGGGCUUUAAUCCCAGUAAGGUAACUUAAACUUGAGCGCCUGCACAAAGUCGUUUUAGAGUAGAACGGUCACCACUUGUGGUUGCAAGUUGCACUGUUAUUUUUUGAUUCAGGAGCAGGAUUUUUCAUGUCAAUGACAUGAACUCAACAAACGAAAAGUCCGGUUUUUGAUUCACUCCUAAGCUGUUUCGAGAAUUGGCAGAUGAAGAGACAUUUAUUUAUGCCAAGAACGUCAUUAUGCCCAGAACGACGUCUUCUUCCUUCGAUGGCGACUGAAGAGUGUCCUUUUCUGUCUCACAAGCUUGUUAAAAUUCAAGAAACUCGUCGUUUUGAUUGAUACCUUGUAAACGUGCGUGAUUCAUAACAGUUUUUAUUUGUUCAAAUUUCUUACUGGACAUUAGCACCUAAUACAAAUUGAAAUGCGAAUGGUGAACUGAAAGGAAGAGAAAGAACAAAAUUUCCCAACACCGCGAGGGAUUUUGAGAAGUCUUAAUAGUAAUACAGAUCGAACAUAUUGGUAAGUCUCAAUGGGGUAAUGGCUUUUACGACCAAAGGUUAAAAUAUGUCAAUUUUCACGCCUGACAGCGAAGUGUUUGCUGUCUAACGGUUUACAGCUGACCCCAUUGAGACCAUCUGAAUCUGAUAGAAAACUGUCCAGUUAAAUUUUAAAAGCAACCUGGGAUCGCCACGGUCUUGAAUUACUUAUUUUCGUGAUUAAUCUAAACUCGUGCCACACUUUCAACCAAAAACUUAACAUAAUAAUAACACAACUCAAUCCAAAACAUAACCUAGCAGCGACGUGGGCAUUCGUUACAAUUAAAUUUUUCGCUUUUAUUGAUUCCGCGUGAAAUUUUCUUUUUCUCUAAAAAGCCCUUGUGAUUAUCAGUGCUCUUGGUUUAAUUUUAUCCAAUGUUUCAUUUAUGUUAUAUUUCAAAUUCAGACAUAUUGGAGCUUGUACAUCCUUCGUCAGAGGAUCACAGACAUGGCAAACCCGACGGUAACCAUAGCAACGAACUCCACAAUAAUCCCUAUCGCCGAAACGCAACCAUUUGACUCCACAGUGAGAUCUAUAUCCACUUUCCUGCUGAUUAUCAUCAUUCUGCUUACCCUUCUCGGCAACUCGCUCGUCAUCCGGGCGUUUAUUUCUUUCCGGAAGUUACGCAACGUUACCAAUUACUUGGUUGUGUCCCUAGCAGUAACAGAUAUCCUAGUCGCCAUGUUUUCCAUGCCGGUCUGGGCGGCAUAUCUGUUAACAGGGCCACCAUGGAUUUUCUCCUUGUGGCUAAAGAAGAUCUGGCAGUCGAUGGACAUUUUAUGCAGUGUGGCCUCCAUCUCACAUCUUCUACUUAUCAGCAUAGAGCGCUACAUCUGCAUCUCUUCUCCGCUGACGUACCACAGUAUUGUGACCACGCCCAAGACACGUGUAGCAAUUUGUGCAGCGUGGUCCUUCGCGCUGACUAUGACCAUCAUCAAACUGGUCACCUGGGAUAUGUCAUUCUCAGCAGCUUACCAGUUGACAGCGUUUUCACUCUGUUUUGCCGCGCCUGUUUUUAUCAUGAGUUACGCCUACAUUAUGAUUUUCAGAGUUUCUCGUACACAGGCGAAGAAAAUGCUGCUCAAGAUUGGAGAAAAAACCAAAAGGUUCUGCCUCCCAAAAGAGCUGAAGGCUGCCAAGACGCUAGGAGUGGUAAUGGGGGCUUUUGUGCUCUGUUGGUUCCCAUUCUUCUUUCUAAAUUUCUUUAACGCUCUUUGUCGUACAUGUCCUAUUCAAGUAGGAGCUGUAAUGGUGGCCAAAGCGCUUCACUACUUUAAUUCAGUUCUCAACCCAAUCAUCUACGGUCUAAUGAACAAACAGUUCAAGACUGCCUUUAGACAUCUCUUCACCUCAACAUACUCUAGCGUGACGGGAAAGGCACAGCCCGUGACAAGGUCAGAUAUCGAGAGGCAACUAUCCAGCAUCAAAAGUUGGGGGUUAACUUCUCUAAAAAUCAGAUCAUCAACUCAAGAUAAAGGAAACGCUGCAACGACGGAACUAUGUAAUUACCUAGACAAAAGUACAGGGACAAGUUUGUGAAACUUUUACCCGAAAGUACAUGUAUACUUGUAUCUAUUAUAGUAUUUUUGGGUUGAAUCAGUGUAAAAGCCGAGGACAUAGGUUAUCAUCCCGAUAAGCUAUGAGAACCCAAAAUAAGAACAAGAAACUUCACAAAACUCGCUUGUCAGACCAAUCUGGUCAAAUACAGCGGAUGAGAGGGAAAAAAAGGUGCCGAUUGACUUGCAAUGACAGAAAAAACACGGCGUCCUCAAGCAUUUUGCAAAAAAGCUUUACUGUAGAUUAAUGAUUUAGUCGCCUAAUUUGUCGAGAAGUUAUUGGGACCUUGAUCAGUCAAAGCGACAAGGCCGAAGAAAACCUCGAUUUAAAAAAUUCUUUAUAUUUUUGGUAAUAUUUUCGCGAAUGGGUGGAAGCGUUAAUCGUCUCUAACGGUGUCACACCUGAACUUCAGGAAAAUACAUAUGAGGGCAGCUUUGAGUUCUAAAUAGAAACUUAAAUAAUUUACCGUCGUAGUUUCCUUUCUCGUGGUCAUGCACUUUUGGAGUUUUGCAGAAGACGACUAAGAAAUGUCCAAAGUUUAUAAAACACACGUGCUGAGCUAU